AUGGAGUCUCUUCCCGUUGAAGUCGUCUCGAAGAUCUUUGCGCAUCUUGUCAAAGAUCCUCAACAACAUGGGAUUGGUGAACUCGAAACGAUUCGUCGUUUGACCGAAGUGUGGCCUUGGAUCGGAAAAGUUGUCGUCUACAAACCAACGACUAUCCGAACACUCGAGAUUUUGAAUGAUCAAUUUUUCGUUGAUGGAUUGAGACUGACUGAUGAAGAGCAACGCUAUCUUCCCUAUUUUCAUCCAGAGAUGAUCCGAAUCAAAGAAAUGCCGACUGUUGACCUGCUCGCCUCAACAAAAUACAAGGAAACUCUACGAAAAGUGUCCACCAAUUGCAAACAGAUUAUUUUCGAGCACUUUCACCACUCAAUCGACAGCAUCGAGCAACGUGAGCUCAUCAUUUCCUCUCUGCACCCCAAUCCAUUCAAUCACUGCCAUCGAGAGAUCCAUUUCCGCACCAAUCCCGAGCUCUCAAUCAUCGACGCGUACACUCACCUCUUUCAUCAUAUCCAUUUCGAGACCCUCCAAAUCGAUCACCACAAUUUCUCCUAUAUCAUCUGGUGCUUCAUGGUCUCCCCAAUACUUAAAACCAUACGCUUCCCGCCGAUCUUCUUCCUUCCGUUCAAUCUUUUCACUCAUUUACAUGAUUCGGAUGGAAAACGAUUAUCCGAUUUCUCAUUAUUCAAGAAUGAGACAUCGACCGCUUUCCUUCUUCGUGCUGAUCAAAAAGAUUGGGGCUGGUUGUUCUACAAUUCGAAACUCACUCAUCCACAAUUUGAAUAUCAGAAUUUUCCAAAGAACUUUCAAAUCUUUGCCAAAGUUUUCAUCGAGAUCGAUCAUGUGAUUUUUGUGAAAAGUGAUGAGAAAUGCUGCCGAGAUAUGCCGAAAGCUAGCUUUUCUCAGGAAUAUUUG